CCAAUGUGACUGCAGCGUUGACUUUUCGCUUGACACUAAGCUAACGCUAUUAGCCGAUAGCUGAGUGCUAUCAUCUUGUGUCCCCUGCCGUCCGGUGUAUGUGUCUUAAAAUGGCAUUCAAAGCCUUGUGUCGAGCAGACGCUUUUAAAUACCUCAUUGGUCCUUGCAGAACCACGUUGGACUUCGAUAAGCGUCCAUUGAGCAAGACAUGUAGUUGCUACUUUUCAACCUCCAGCCAGAGAAGUUCACAGUUCUACUCCGAUCCUACGGAGGCAGUCAAAGACAUCCCAGAUGGGGCGACCGUACUGGUUGGAGGCUUUGGAUUAUGUGGCAUCCCGGAGAAUCUCAUCAACAGUUUACUAAAGACAGGCGUGAAGGGUCUCACUGCAGUGAGCAAUAACGCAGGUGUGGAUAACUUUGGCCUUGGCCUGCUUCUUCAGACCAAGCAAAUCAAAAGGAUGAUCUCCUCCUACGUUGGGGAGAAUGCAGAGUUUGAACGACAGUAUCUGUCUGGGGAGUUGGAGGUGGAACUUACUCCGCAGGGUACCUUAGCGGAGAGAAUCCGAGCAGGGGGUGCAGGGAUUCCUGCCUUUUUCACAGCGACUGGCUACGGCACACUGAUCCAGCAAGGAGGCUCUCCUAUAAAGUACAACAAGGAUGGCAGCAUCGCCAUCGCUAGUGAAAAAAGAGAGGUGCAGGAUUUUAAUGGCAGACACUACAUCAUGGAGAAGGCCAUCACCGGAGACUUCGCCCUGAUCAAGGCAUGGAAAGCGGACAGGGCUGGAAACGUUGUGUUCAGGAAAACUGCUAGAAACUUCAACCAGCCUAUGUGCAAGGCAGCGAAAACCACCAUUGUUGAGGUGGAAGAGGUUGUGGAUGUCGGCACUUUUGCCGCGGAGGACAUCCAUAUCCCCAGCAUCUACGUCCACAGGGUUGUCCACGGAGGCAGUUAUGAAAAAAGGAUUGAGAAACGCACAGUAAAGAAAAACCAAGAGGAGAAGCCCAAACCAAAGAAGGAUUCCGAUAUCGUCCGAGAAAGGAUCAUUCGUCGUGCAGCUUUGGAAUUUGAAGAUGGGAUGUAUGCUAACCUUGGUAUUGGCAUCCCCAUGUUGGCCAGCAAUUUCAUCAAACCAGACAUCACUGUGCAUCUACAAAGUGAAAAUGGAAUUUUAGGACUUGGCCCGUACCCCACUGAUGGUGAAGUAGAUGCGGAACUCAUUAAUGCAGGGAAGGAGACUGUCACAGUGCUUCCUGGAGCUGCCUAUUUCUCCAGCGAUGAGUCAUUUGCCAUGAUCCGAGGGGGCCACAUCAACCUGACAAUGCUUGGAGCCAUGCAAGUGUCAAAGUACGGAGACCUAGCCAACUGGAUGAUCCCAGGUAAGAUGGUGAAGGGAAUGGGUGGAGCCAUGGAUUUGGUGGCCAGCGCCGGAACCAAGGUGGUGGUCACCAUGGAGCACUCAGCAAAGGGAGGUAAACACAAGAUAUUGGACAAGUGCCUUCUGCCUCUGACGGGGAAGCAAUGUGUGGACCGCAUCAUCACAGAGAAGGCCGUGUUUGAUGUAGAUAAGGCUAAAGGGAUGACUCUGGUAGAAGUGUGGGAGGGGAUGACUCCAGACGACAUCAAGGGGUGCACCGGUACAGACUUUGAGGUGUCCCCCAAUCUGAGGCCCAUGCAGCAAAUCUAGAAGUGAAUCUGUUUGUGUUCCAAUAUCCUCAAGAGAGGUCAAAGUGCUUUUUAAGUGAUUUUUGAUAAGAUGACUCCAGCAAUCGGCAGGAUUAGUCAUCGAAACAGAAGCCCGCUGCUGUAAAUUAUUAAUUUAACAAUGGCUUCAAAACAUAAUUCUUCCAAUAGUGUCCGUCCUUCGAUAAUAGACGCCAGGUGCGUCAUCGACAAAAUCCAAUCCUCCAAUAGGCUCCAUAGUUCCUAUGUUGUUCACACACAGACUAGUUAACUGCUGGAACCCUUUUGAAUUCUGUUGCUAACCCUAAAACAGCAGCACUGUAGGUUCCUGGUCCGUUAACCAAAAAUGUUGUGCACGUCCAUGUUUAUGGUUCAAAAGGGCUUCAUAAAUUAUUUGUUCUGCCCAGUCUGUUUCAGUUCUUGCUAUUUUUCUGCCUUUCUCCCGAAUAAAGUUUUUUGUUUCAUUUUAAACUCCAGCUUUACUUGACAUCAAUGUAAUCGACUGGUAACAUUGCAAAUAAAUCCCCGCGGCCACUAUAUGCAGUAAUGCAAUGUUCUUUUUUGUUCUCUUUAGUCAAAUGCAACUCUAAUAGUGCUUAUGGUGCAGUAACUUUAAUUUCUGGAGUCCUAUCUACGGUAAAAUCAACUUGCUACUGGAAGAGUUUUAAAGCAAUUUAUAUGUCAGAUUGUCACCCAGUAAACUCAAACUGGACCAUGUCAAUGUAAAACAGCUUUUUGUUACUUUUUCAAUACAACGAGAAAUCAAAUCAGCAAGCCUUAAUGUGUUCUUUGUUUUUACUGAAAUCUGCUCUUCCCCAUCUUUUGUACAAGCAAUAAAAUGGAAUGCGGGUUGCUUUAUGGAACAAA